CUGUGCAUCAUAUUUCCACCCGGUGAAGGUAUAUAAGCUGGAGACGGGCGCCCACAGCUUUCACUGCAGUGAGCAGACUCAUCCAAGUGAAUCCUCUCUCUAGUCUCAGAGAUAACCCCAGAGUUAAAAAUGGCAUUGGCUAAAUCUCUCGGUGAGGGUAACUGCUCCGCAGCUCUUGCUGCCUGCAAAGCUGCUGACUCCUUCAAGUUCAAGGACUUCUUUCAGAAGGUCGGUCUGCACGGCAAGUCUAACGAUGCUCUGAAGGAAGCUUUCCAGGUCAUUGACCAGGAUGGCAGCGGCUACGUUGAGGAGGAAGAACUGAAGCUGUUCCUGCAGAACUUCUGUGCCACUGCCAGAGCUCUCACCGAUGCCGAGACCAAGGCUUUCCUCGCAGCCGGUGACUCUGAUGGUGACGGCAAGAUCGGAGUUGAUGAGUUUAUUGCCUUGGUCAAUCAGUGAGCGACCUGACCAACAUCCUUCUUCACUAUUCUAAAGGAACAACAGUAACAACGACUUGAGCCAAGACAUACUCUUCUUAUCUCCUCUUCCCUUGCACUCUUCUCUCUCUCUCACCUCUCAACAAAACUUUUAUACAAUUGACCUUUGACCCCGACCCCUCACCUUGGACAACAUGACCUCUGACCUCUCCCGACCUCCCCACACCUCAGGCCUCUCUCUGUCUCUUUCUCUCUCAGACUGUGCUCACCCAUUUGGCUGUCCACGAUGAAUGUACCAGACUAAGAGUAUAACAUGGUUUACUUGUGUCUAUCUCUCUCUCUCUUUCUCUCUCUCUCUCUCACCACUGUCAUCGUUUUACUAUGUGAGAUUUGCUUACUGUGAGAUUGGUGAUGAUGCACUUUUAUGGGAAAUGGACUGAUGAUGAGAACACAAUAAAGGGUCUUUUUCAAUAA